AUGCGUUUUGUUUGUAUAUCUGUAGAGGAGGUGAGGAAGAGGCAGGAGGAGGAACGCAAGGCCCGGGACUGCAUGUACCAGGAUGGGCGGCGGGAGCUGGAGCAGGCACUGCGGCAGGAGGACCCCCGGGAGCGUGACCGCCAUCGCCGCGACCGUGAGCCACGUGAGAACAAGGAGGACGUGGAGCUGGAGCGCAAGAAGCAACUGGAGCAUGACGCUGUGAACGAGCGGUACCUGGGCAUCGUCAAGAAGAAGAAGAAGGUGCGGCGGCUCAAUGACCGCAAGUUUGUGUUUGACUGGGACGCCGGCGAGGACACCUCAGUGGACUACAAUGAGCUGUACAUCAACAAGCACCUGGUCCACUUCUUUGGGCGGGGACACUUUGGCGGAUUGGACCUCAAGGAGCAGAAGAAGGUACAGUCCAAGUUCUACGGGAACUACAUCGAGCACCGACGCACGCAGGCCGACAAGGACCAGGAGAUGAUUCGCCUCAAGAAGGAACAGAAGAAGGAGGACAAGAAGAAGUGGGAUGACCGCCACUGGAGUGAGAAGGAGUUGGAGCAAAUGACAGAGCGCGACUGGAGGAUCUUCCGGGAGGACUACAACAUUGCCAUCAAGGGUGGCCGCAUCCCCAACCCCUUCCGCAAGUGGGCCGAGUCCAACAUCAAGAAGGACAUCCUGGACAUCAUCUCCAGCGUAGGGUACCUGGAGCCCACGCCCAUCCAGCGGCAGGCCAUCCCCAUCGGUCUGCAGAACAGGGACAUCAUUGGUGUGGCAGAGACCGGCUCUGGCAAGACGCUGGCCUUCCUCAUUCCACUGCUGGAGUGGAUUCAAUCACUGCCCAAGAUUGCCCGUCUGGAGGAUGCAGACCAAGGGCCGUAUGCGCUGGUCAUGGCCCCUACACGUGAGCUGGCCCAGCAGAUUGAGGAGGAGACGUCCAAGUUUGGAGGCCCACUAGGUAUCCGCACGGUGGCGGUGAUUGGUGGGCUGUCUCGAGAGGAGCAGGGCAUGAAGCUGCGCAUGGGGUGUGAGAUUGUCAUCGCCACGCCAGGCCGCCUGGUGGAUGUGCUGGAGAACCGGUACCUGGUGCUGAACCAGUGCACCUAUGUGGUGUUUGACGAGGCUGACAAAAUGAUAGACAUGGGCUUUGAGCCGGAUGUGCAGAAGAUCCUCAAGUUCAUGCCGGUCACCAACGAGAAGCCCGACAAUGACGAUGCCGAGGAUGAGGACAAGCUGUUGCAGAACUUCCUGUCCAAGCACAAAUUCAGGCAGACAGUGAUGUUCACAGCCACCAUGCCGCCCGCCGUGGAGCGCAUGGCCCGCCAGUACCUGCGCCGCCCUGCCUACGUGUACAUUGGGUCGGUGGGCAAGCCGGUGGAGCGCGUGGAGCAAGUGGUGUACAUGGUGACAGAGCAGGAGAAGCGCAAGAAGCUGCUGGACAUCCUCAAGCGUGGCAUCACUCCACCUGUCCUCAUCUUUGUCAAUCAGAAGAAGGGUGCGGAUGUCCUGGCCCGCGGCCUGGAGAAGCUGGGUCACAAUGCCACCACACUGCACGGUGGCAAGGGCCAGGAGCAGCGAGAGCAUGCCCUUGCCAACCUCAAGUCUGGCGCCAAGGACAUCCUGGUGGCGACGGACGUGGCUGGUCGUGGCAUAGACAUCAAGGACGUGUCGCUGGUCAUCAACUACGACAUGGCUAAGAACAUUGAGGACUACACCCACAGGAUCGGCCGUACCGGACGAGCCGGCAAGCACGGCAAGGCCAUCUCCUUCCUCACCAAGGAGGACUCGCACCUUUUCUACGACCUCAAGCUGCUGAUCCAGUCCUCCCUGUGUCGUCCUGCCCUCCAGAGCUGGCCAACCACCAGGAGGCACAGCACAAGCCAGGCACUGUCAUGA